AUUCGGGUCUAUUUUUAAGUUGUAGAAAAGGAAAAAAUCAAGAAGAUAAUCACAACGGAAACCCCCUCGAACCACGUAAAUGCGCUGAUAUCUUUUUAUUUUUACGUGUUACCCAAUCUCGAUCGUUUAAUAACGCACAGACGGACGGACGGGAGAGAAACGUCAUCAUCACCACCUCAUGAUAAACCGGUUACGGUUAAGGUGGAUAAGUGACGUUUGCGGAAAUGACAAAUUUCCACUUCCUCGACACGUGAAAACUACCCCGUCGAAGGGAUGCUCUGUCACAAACACAAGGGAUGUAGUUUGCCGGGAGUAUAGAGGUUCCUACUAGGGAAAAAAUCGAAAAAAAAAAAAUAAAAAUCCUUAUCCUGUGGAGGAGGAAACGUUCACCUGACCUUAAGAGGCAAUGUAGCGGGACUGGAGGAGGAGUGGACCAUACAUCUACACAUAUAACUGGUUUAGAAACUGGUUCUUUAUUACACGAUGUGUAUUUCUCUCUGAUCAUUUUAUAGUUAGGGGGAGAGUUUGUUAAGUGGACUCUGAAAACUAUCCGCGUGCCGGUAUCAAAGCAUGAAAAGAAACAAACACACCAAACAUUGACCGUACAGAUGGACUGAUUAACUUCAUCAUGUCAGUCAUAUGCCAAACUUUCAUACAGAAUUCUUGGAAGAAGGAUCUGUGUUCCAACUGCUUCAAAACACUGGCCGAUCAUCGUCAAUCACGCGAUAAGAACCGUUACUAUCUUCAUACGGCCACCCCUUACCACGGACACCAAUACGCCGAUCCAACCGAGUGGAAGUACGUUUUUAACACGGAUAAGAGCACCAGGAGCCAAAACUGGUCCAUACCAAAAGUUACAAGCAUACUGAAGGAUGAUAGACAUCAGAAUGGAAGAAGUGUUGCCUUCUUGGAUCAGGAUCCUAUCAUCAUAGGUUACGGCGGUGAUGAUUAUCACACAGAUGACGAUGAGUUAUGGGACGUGCUAUCGGAUGAUGGUGAGUUUAAUUUGGAUAAGUUUGACGAAACUGACGAGGAUAGGGCAAUCAGCAAGAUUACAAAAGAAAACACUCGAUUCAACACCGUGAUUAAGGAAGAGGCAAGGAGUACGAUACGUUACGAGCCAGUUUACAUGGAUAGGAGAGUAACUAGAAUCGACGAUAGCUACAACAAAAAUAGCUACCGCGAUAACAGUUGGAAGUACAACGACAAACAGAAAACUUACAACGACUUCCCCAAACCUUAUCACUUGCCUCGUGUUUCUAUCGGUUAUCAGAGUUCUUCCAGCUCCUGCUCAAAUUCGUCAUAUCAGAGUGUUAAACAGAGUAAAUCUGAAGUGUUACCACUACUCAAAAGCAGCCCUAAACUCGACUUACCAGAUAAGGAGAGUAUUUUAAGGAGUAACAGUCCUGACAGACGUCGUCAAUCGAGUCCAGCGAGUGAGAGAUGCGAUAGUAGAUCCAGUACUUCAACAAAUGAUAAUGCAAGCUUUGUAGCUGCUAAACUUAAGGCGUGUACGGAUAAUGAGGCUAAAGUCGCUGUGAAAACGUUGGAAAGUCCCGUACGCGACUCGAUUGUUUCUUCAAGCUCUGAUAAAGAACUGAGCAGUAAUAAUAACAAAGAUAAAGAGGAGGAUAAUCAAGAUCGGAAUAGUGAUAAAGUUGUGUCAGAUACCGAAAAAUUACCCGUUCAGGAGAAACUGGUUAGUGAAACGAUGCAGGCAGAGAGUGAGAAAGUGGAAAAAAGCGGCGAACUCCCAGAUGAGAAAUGCAAAGUAGAGCCACCCUCCUCCUCCCCCAAAAGCGAAGAACUUCAGCCUGAAAUAAGAACUAAGGACGAGGAAUGUAAUGAGAAAAGUGUUAAGAAGGAUUCGGUUCAUUACGCUGUAAGCAAUGCGCUGAAAGAAUCGCCUACAGAGAAUUUUUACGCAGUGAGUCCUAUCCUUGAUGAAUCACAAAGGAAACCUAACAGGGAAACGAAGCUGGCAGCUCUAGCCAUAGAAUUGGAACAAGCUCGUCACGAACAACAUAAAAAUGCCCACUCGGAAAAUCCGCACGCCGAUGAUUCGUGUACGAAAUUAAAUCGGAAUCAGAAACACGCAGCAGAAACAGAGAAACACGAAGAAUGCCAGAAAAGCAAAAAGAGUAAAUUCUCUCUCAAGAAACUACUUAAACGUAACAAGGACACGGAGAGUGGAGAUUCCAGUGCAAAAUCAUGGAAACACGGGGAUUACGAUAAGUCUACUUUAAGGUUAAAGAUCGUCCAUCCUAUGGAUUUAGUAGAAACGCCAUGCAACAACACGAAUUCUGCAGAUACAGAAGAAACGGUGGCCAAUGACUUAUCUCAUACAGUCAAACAGGAGAACGUAGAAAAAAACACCCCUGCUCACUCGAGCAAACAGCAGGAAAUACCCUCAACCACUCCUCAAACUAGUCAAUCUUCAUCUAUAUCUCAUCCUGCCAACCGUAAUAAAACCAGUGUGAAAUCAGAGAGGCCAUCUAAACCACCGCCUCCUCCAAAAUGCAACCCAGUUCGACCAAAAUCUGCAGAUUUGUUCGAUUUAACAAUACCCCUAAAGAACGGUUUACCAAUGGAAAUUUCUACGAGGAACCAUCAAGAGCAGGUUUACGACGUCCCAAAAAACCUUAAAAACCAACAAAAGAAUGAAGAGAAAAGAGAUAGCGCAAUUUUAGAUGAGGAUAAACAAAAGUUAAUUAGUGAGGUGUUAGAAACGAAGAUUAAUGGAGUUAAUCCCGUAACCCCGGAUACCUCGCAAAACACAUGGAAAAGCCUAAAUACUUCCUUAGAAUCGCCUCAAACGUACAAAGAAUCACCCAAUUUAGAUAAAAUGAUUAACCAUAACGAUCCAAGUAAAAAGGAGAUGAAUAAAACGCCUAAAGCAUGGAUCACAUUAGAACAUAGUUAUGCAGUAGUUACAGCAGCUAAUCAUGAAGUCCUAUCGAAAUUCCUUGAUACCGCAGCUGAAGAACGAUCUCAACAACUGUGGAAACCAGAAAAUUGUUCGUUAAACUGGACAGAUUUCGAACUAGUUUCCAACCAACCGGUUAAGGUAUUACACGAUAUUCUCCUCUUUGAUGCCAUAUUCAGGCAUGGUUUAAGGACGGAACUGACUUUAAUGGUGACUAAGAAAACUCUCCAACCGCUUCCUUGUGGGAAGGGUGAAUCUACUUAUCCCGUUUUGGGUUAUUUUGUUGAUAAUAUACCUCAGGAUAUUGCGUCACGUAGCCCUUUAAUCGAUUCAGUGUCCACUGUACAUAUUUUACAGCGUUCAGAUGUAGAUACUUUAGAAAAUUACUGCUCAUCAACUAACACAGACGUGGAUUUGACCACGGAGAAGACGUUCAUCCUGCUUCAACUAGUUUACUUUUUGAAGGUGUUCCAAGGUCGAAACUUGAAAGGUGUACCUGAAAUGAGGAAUAUCUUCCUAUCCAAAAAGGAUAAAGAGAUGAAUAGGGUUAUUUUCCUUAACAAUUCGGACUUAUCACAUAAUCAGAAUAAAGUGUCAUUGUGCCAAUUUGCUUUAACCGUUGCUAAGAACUUAUUCCAUUUCAAUUCCCUGGAAGAUAUAUCUUCGUGUCCUUAUAUACCAGCAACUCAUAAGAAGAUAUUUACUAACAUUUUUCGCUUGUUGCAGCAAGAAAAAUCCUUUUCUCUCAUGCAAUGCCAAGGAUUUAUCGAAUAUGCUCUAUGGGGACCCCUCAAUGUCGUUCAGAAUUGCAAGAGAAAUCAGCAAGAAAUGGACAUCACUCUUCAGAGAUGGUUAGAUACAGAAAGAGCAAAGUGCCUGAAGAUACUUGUAAGAACGCUAUGCACACCAAAUGUAGUUACUUUUCUAAUUUCCUACGACGAAUUCCACGCGGAAUUCCUUCUGAAAACCAGUGUCAGGAGCCUCAGAGAAGUUGCGCUCAAGUCUUAAAACCUCCCCCCGUGUAAAUAUGUAACACUGUACAAUCGAGAGGUUUAUACGACUAUUCUCCCAUUGAAUGAACAUACUUAAGAGUAUAGAAAUCCUACUAAACGCGAAAUUGUUUAUACAUAUUUGUUAAAUAUUGAAUAAAAUCUUUUAUAAUGCUCUGUUUACAAUCACCUCGCACGAUUAAUUCAAACACACGCCCCUCGUAAUAGGAACUAAAUCGAAAAUAAUCCGCGCAUAACAGGAUAUAUCGGAAUUCAGUACCCAUUCAAACUAGCCAACAGUAAAAUGCAAAUUCGUCGCUCCCACCCCCAAUACCUAUUAUGUUACGGGUUCAUCAAUAUGGCAAACGAGUCCUCCCUCUUCUUCCUGCUCUACUUAAUUAUAUAUACAACAAAUCAUUAAUUAAUGAGGUUUUUUU